UUAAAAAUGCAAAAUCCUAGUGGAUGAGACUGGUAUUACAACAAUGGUUCUUCUCUCCCCCUCUCUGUCCCUCCCAAACCUCCGUUUCUUCAGAAACCAAGCGAGUACUGUGCAAAGCCAACGGAGUUUCAGGUUACAAGAGAAGGUGAUUGUGUGCUCUUCAGCUUCUACGAAACCCAUUUCCCGAAAUGGGAUUUGGAGAAGGGAUUUAGUUUUAUUUGGGCUCUCCUCAUCCGUAUCUUUGGUCUUCCCAUCUUCAGGAUCACUUGCUGAGGAGGAUCUGAAAAUGGCUUCAAUGAUUGAUGAUAUAAAUGCUUAUUCUUAUUUGUACCCGGUGGAGUUGCCGUCUAAGAAUUUCCUCUUUAAAUGGGUGGAAUCCAGAAAGCCAGAACGCUAUUCAUCUGCUGCUCCAUUAUCUCCUGAUGCUCGCCUGCGCAUAGUCUCUGAGCGUGUUGACAUUAUUGAUAACCUUAUCAUUUCUGUUUCGAUAGGUCCUCCAAAUUUACAGAUCUUAAAAUCAAAGGAAAAAAGUGCAUGGAGUCCGAAAGAUAUUGCUGAUUCCGUUUUGUCUGAUAAGUCUGCAUUGCGAGUUACCUCAAGUCAACGCAUGGAGGAGAGUUCAGUUCUUGAUGCACAUAGUGAUGAAAUUGAUGGUGACUCAUACUGUUACUACGAAUAUCUUGUUCGGAAAUCACCUAGCAAUCUUGCUCAGGAAGCAAAUCUUUAUCGACAUUAUGUUGCUUCAACCGCUGAACGAGAUGGUUAUCUUUAUUCUAUAAAUGCUUCAACCCUCGGCAAGCAGUGGGACAAGAUGGGACCUUUCUUGAAAAGAACUGUAGCCUCUUUUCGCCUUCUACCUCCGACUGAUAACUAUAUUCCUCCAUACAAGGAUCCAUGGAGAUUUUGGUGACAAAACUCUCUCUCUCUCUCUCUCUCUCUCUCUCUCUCUCUCUCUCUUUUUCCUUUUUGUCUCUGCCCCCAAAUAACAAUAGUGUAAAACUUAUUAAUUUUUAAGUUCAGUUGAGUACUGCAUGAUUUUUUUGCAGUCUAGCUCUACAAGCUUGCAAAUCUUCUCUUACAAGUUGUAUUGUAUUUGAUCAAUGAAGAGAACAACUAAAUCCAUGUUUCUUUUGCUGAAGGGAUAUAUA